AACAAGCGAUCCCUCCCUCAUCGAGAGCCAGGAAGUAAUUACUCUCUGAGACCCGAAGGCGAAGGAAGAUCCGCGAGAGCGAGUGGAUUGGGUUGCGCUGCGAGCGAGCGAGCUAGUCGUAGGGAGGUGAAUGCGACCGUGAGCACAUUGUUCUUCCGUCUUGUCGGAUCGGCCCGGAAUUGAAUUCGACCACUUUCUGCUGUCGCUGCUCCAUAAGCUCAUCCGCCUGGGGAUCUCGGCCAGUGCCUGAGCUUCUCUCGUGCCCGAGAUUGAGGCAACUUUCUCUCGCGAGCAUUGUGCCACGCGCCCUUCGCUAGUGCUUUGCUCGCCCUGAAAGCCAUUGCUUGUCCGUUCUUCUCCCUCUGUGGCUACAGAAGCCUGCGUCGUGCAUUCCUCGCCAGCUUUAUACUGCGAAGUGCUUUGUUGAGAUCGACCACGAGUUUGCUGCUGAUAAGCUGUUUUUUCAGCUUAUUUUCCGGAAGAGUUCAUUGAAGAGAUAUAGAGCAGAUCUCCUUGCGGGGAGUGAGACACUGGGAGCAUUUUUCCGUCGGUUUUCGUAGGAUUUAAGUUAUAUUGGUUGGGGCAAAUGGAUUCUUCGCUGCUUGGAGGAGUGCAAUUUUGCACCUGUCCCUGCAGUCAAACUGCUGUUCUUGCUGCCAGUUCCGACCUGGGGAGGCGUUCCACUCACAGGAUAGAUUCUCAUCAACUCGCCCGGAGUAGACAAGACUUCGGUGGUCUGCCGUUGGAUUUGAGGCUUCCGAAUUUACAGGAGUUCAGAAGCAGGCGCCCUCAGAAUACGAGGUGUCUCUACUCACCUCUUGUCGAAAGUUUGGAAGCAUCGAGAUCAAGACCUUUUGUACCGAAUAACGAAGGGGAGUCGGGAAACUUGUUGAGGACUUUCUCAUCUCCUACUAGUCUAGCCGUUGCGGAUUCAUCAAUCGAAAAAGUUUUCAAAGAAGGCACCGUACAGCGAAGUAGUUCUGAUAUAUAUGAAUAUUUGAGGAAGACUGGGGUUGCCGAGGAUGAUGUCAGUAGAUCUGUUCCCGAGGAUCCGGUUGCGGCUGCCCGUGGAGAUCAGUCACUUAUGACCACACUGACAGAUGUCAGCCACGAUGGAGAAGUAAGGAGAAGUGCAAGACUACGGCCUGCUACUAUGUCCUUAACUCAAGGUUUUACUAGCGCUGGUAGUCGAGCAGUUAGCUGUGCGGUUGGAGUUGCAGGUCGUCCACCAGCUAGCGCUAACAAGCUGAGAGGUCCUAUGGGUUUAGUGAUGGCCAUAUCAGUUGCUUUCCUUGGGCUUGCCACAGCUGUCCAAAAGACGAAGUCUUCUCCUGACAUUCCACAGAAAGUUUGCAGCAGAUGUGAUGGAUAUGGCGUAGAAUGCUGCGAUGUUUGUGAAGGGCGUGGAAGAAUUUUGUGGGAAGGGAAGAUGAGUCACAUGGACUCUUGUCCCAGAUGUUUUGGGUCCUGCACGAAGAAGUGCCCUCGUUGUGGUGGUAGUCGCAUGAAGAAGGGAGAUCCACCUAUCGUGCAGAGAUCGAAGUUUCUCCCACCAAAGAGUAUAUAAGUUUCCGCUCCGGUAAACACAGGAGGGAUUUCCCUGUAUGUAUUAUAUUCAUCUCAAUGCGUUUGAGACAAUCCUUUCAAAAAGAAACACACCUGUACUUAACUUGACGGUUAUGAUUUCGAGACUGACCGGGCGUCAGUUGGAUAGCGCAGGCGUAUUGUACACUAGUAGAAGGUUGUAAGUGACCUGUCCAUCAAAGUUCUCUGUUGUAUCGAAUAGUAAACUACUCUCAGACAAAAUUAGAUCUAGAGAAGGUUUAUAUGCCAAAGUACCAACUACUUUAGGUGUUAUAUACAUGUAUCAUAUCUUUAUUUCAGGAAAUUUUCUUAUAGUUGGAGGCAGAACUCGUUCAUUCACCAAUUUAUAUUUCUAUGCUUCGUCGUUUUGGAUGG